AUGUUUCCCCGUAGAGGAAUGGCAGGCACACGAACAGUAACAGGAAGACCAGCUCCCGCUACACUUGUUGCUGCUGUUGCUGCUGCCAUCUUUGCUGUUGUUUUUCUCCUGCUGUCUUGCGGAGUAUCCAUCUCCCACAACCUUAGAGCCCCUCCUUCUUGGGGUCUUAUAAGGCGCCUCGCCGCCGCGGAUGACAAAGGGCCGUGUAGACCGACUGCAGCAGCAGAAGAAGAAGAAGAAGAAGCAAGCGCAACAGCAACAGAAGAAGAAGACGAAAGAGAAGAAACGACACCAGUCCCUAGUAUUUCCCCGUUUGGAUCAGGAUCUCUUCUCGAUCCGCUAGCCAACCCUUUUGUCCCUCGAUUGCCCUUCACUGAAUCGGAUGCUGGUAGUGGCGCAAGAAGAGAGGAGGACAGGGGUAAAUAUGCGGAACCUUUUGCAGAGGGGGAGGGGGCAUCCAGAGGGUCUGCAGCUGCACAAGCAACAGGAACAGCAGGACAAGCAAAAGAAACAGGCGCACGAAGGAAAACAGGACGCCCACGUGGUUCAACUACCUCAAUAGACACCCCCUUUCUAGAUCCGUUGGCAACACCCUUCACCCCCGGAGUUUCUGAGAAAGGAGGAAUUAGGGGUGAAGUUGAAUCACUGUGGAAGUUGUGGGAAACGACUGCUUCCCCUUUAUGGGGAACAGCUCCCUCUGCAACGGAGAGGGGGGCACAAAGCCCCACAGCAACAUCAAUAUGGACAGAGGAUGACACAACAGGAGACCGUAUCAGUGUCUAUGAUUUAGACGAGGCGGAGGAAUGGCAGGUGCUGCUACAGCAACUGGAGCAGCAGAUACGAGAAACACGAGAGGUGCAGGGGGACCGGCCACCGCAACGGGUGAAGCAACCAUCAACUGCAGCAGCCAGGCCAGCAGCAACAGCAACAGCAACAGCAGCAGCAGCAGCAACCCCUCAACCUGGAGCUACUGCUGAUCCUCUGCAUGAUUCUACAACGGACAUGUUUUGGAAGGUGUACAAGGAAGUCAGCAGUUUGCCGAGGCCAACCAGAGGUCCAGCAACAGAGGACGAGGCAUAUGAAGACACAGAAAAAGAAACUAGUAGUUUGUCAGGUUUAGAAGGAACAGAAACAGACAGCAGAGGAGGAACCUCGGGUGAUGAAGCGUCAGCAGAAGACACAGAGGAUGAUUUGCAGUCAAAAGGAGAAAGCGACCGCGGCGGCGGAUGGACAGAGCCACGGAGGCAAAUAUUUCAAGUAGCUGCUCCAGGUUUACCUUGGAUUGGAUAUGCAGACGAAACGGGAUUGUUUCAGCACUUCCCACCGUUGGCAGGGCCCCCAGGAGUGUUGGAUAUCCCAUCGAAUGUUGCACCGGGCCCUUCCACCAGGAUAAAAACUGCACCAUCAGCAGCAGCAGCAGUAUCACAUACAGCACAAAGUGCAGCGGAAAAACAGGUAGCAGGAGCAGAAGGAGCAGCAAAAUCAGGGAGACAAGGGACAACAGCCGCAGGAACCUCAGGAGUAGCAGGAGCCACAGCAGCGAGAAGCGAUGAUGAUGAUGAUGAUGAUGAAGGGGAUGCCCCAGGCAGAGGGGAUGCCCCAGACAGAGGGGAAGAGACCAUUACUGCAGAGGAUACGGAACGUGAAGACUUCGUAAGGGCGAUUGCUCGGGAGGCACGCAGGCACGGGUUAAAUCGGGGACCGGUGCCCAAACUAUGGCCAGGGAACCUGAAGAAGACGAUACCGCCCUCUACGUCUUUGACUUCGUUAUUUUUGCGUUUUUCCGAGCUGGCAGAGUACUGCCGGAUGUAUAUACACCGGCUGCCUCGGAAGCUUGCUCGGGGGGUUGUGACACGGCUCAUGAGACAUAUUGUGGUAGAAAUCUCAGCUCUGACUCCUUUGUGUUCUCCCGAGGAUGAGCAUCGGCGAACUGCCGUCUUGAAGGCUUUCUUCAGUCUCGGCAAGAGUGUUGGAGGUCGUCCACAGAGGAAGCCAGUGGAUGCUUGCUUUCUAGAUCGGACCAUGGCAAUGGUGGAGGAUCUACAGCAGCUUCCAAAGAAAUAUAAAACAGAAGAAAAAUACAAAAGCCACGGCAUGCACAACACUUUGCCUGCAAGUGCAGCAGCGCUGCGCCAUGUAGCUCGUUGUAUUAACAUGAUGCUCCAGAGCUUGGAUGUGUCAGGAGAACUCGACAUGGCAACCUCUAACAUUGGUGGAAAAACUAUUGGUGCUGUUACUCGUGAACGGACGUACCAAGUGCUGGCAGAUACAGUUUCUGGGAGGCUGUUGCAACAACUGCAGGCCAGCGUAGCCCCAUUCAGCAUGGCCAGUAGGAGAGAUUUACGUCACGCAGAGCGCUCGUCUGAACGUUCAGGCGUUGAAAAUGUCCUGCGCAUUAAUGAAGCAGCAGCGGCGGCGGCUAAACUUGCGGAAGCCACAUAUGCACCCGAGCGUGCAGGCCGUGGAGAUCAGGUAGCUCUUCAUUUCGAUUCAUCCUCGGAGGAAGAAGAAACUGGUCGUGAUGAUGAUGGUGAUGAGGAUGAUGAUGGUGAUGAGGAUACAGGUGCUGCAGCUGCUGCCGCUCCUGCAGACCAAGAGAGCGGAGGAGACCCGCGUGACGGGAGAAUCAGCCAACAACCUGACGGGGCGCCGCUGCAACAACAACAACAGCAGCAGCUCCAACACAUGCUGCUCCUGCUGCCGACGCAGCGUCAGUUGCCCCAACAGCAAGACCUGCAGCAUAUGCAACAUCAACAUGAACACACGCAGCAACAGCUGCUAGGCCCGCAGGACAUUCAGAGUGAGCAGUCCUCCCAGUACCCCCAGGACGUUUCGCAGCAGCCAGUGCCGCCCAGCGAACAGCAGCGGCGACAGCCGCUGCAGCAUCAGUGGCUGCUGCAGCAACAGCUGCUAGGGCAGCAUGCGCAGCAGCAGGUACAGAAGCAACUGCAGCAGCUAAUGCCGCCUCCAGUGUUACAGCAACAAACGCAGCAGCCACGACUGCAACAGCAGCAGCAGCAACUCCUCUGGCAGGUGGUCCCUGGUGGGAUUUUGGUGGGAGGGAUGGAGAGGAAGAAAGUGCGGCCUCCUCCUGGUUUCCCACCCUUACCCACUGUAGAUGUCUCUUCUCUUCUCACUUCUAAACCCUCCGUAGAUAUGUCUGCUCUUGUGUCUCCUAGCAUUCUUUCGUCCAGCAGUAGCGCUCAAGGACUUGCACACAAAGAUGGAGACGGAGACAGCUCCGGAGAGAGCAGCGGAGUAUUUUUGGGUCCACAUGCCACGACGCCGGCAUCACUCGACGCAGGAAAAAUGGAGACCCAGAGGCAAUUGGAGCAGUUGCGAUUACAGCUGCAGCAGCAGGAACUGCAACAGCAACGGCUGCUGUUGCAGCAGCAAGUGCUGCAGCAGCAACAGUUCCAGCAGCAACAGUUGCAACAGCAACAGUUGCAGCAGCAGCAGUUGCAGCUGCAGCAGUUGCGGCAGCAACAGUUGCAACAGCAACAGUUCCAGCAGCAGCAGUUCCACCGGCAGCAGUUGCAACAGCAACAGUUCCAGCAGCAACAGUUGCAACAGCAGCAGUUGCAACAGCAACAGUUGCAACAGCAACAGUUGCAACAGCAACAGUUGCAACAGCAACAGUUGCAACAGCAACAGUUGCAGCAGCAGCCGUUGCAGCAGCAGCCGUUGCAGCAGCAGCAGCCGUUGCAGCAGCAGCAGCAGUUGCAGCAGCAGCCGUUGCAGCAGCAGCCGUUGCAACAGCAACAGUUGCAACAGCAACAGUUGCAACAGCAACAGUUGCAACAGCAGCAGUUGCAACAGCAGCAGUUGCAACAGCAGCAGUUGCAGCAGCAACAGUUGCAGCAGCAGCCGUUGCAACAGCAACAGUUGCAGCAGCAACAGUUGCAACAGCAACAGUUGCAACAGCAACAGUUGCAGCAGCAACAGCUGCAACAGCAACAGUCGCAGCAGCAACAGUUCCAGCAGCAACAGUUGCAGCAGCAACAGUUGCAACAGCAACAGUUGCAACAGCAACAGUUGCAGCAGCAACAGUUGCAGCGGCAACAGAUGCAGCAGCAACAGUUGCAACAGCAACAGUUGCAACAGCAACAGUCGCAGCAGCAACAGUUCCAGCAGCAACAGUUGCAGCAGCAACAGUUGCAACAGCAACAGUUGCAACAGAAGCAGUUGCAGCAGCAACAGUUGCAACAAGAACAAUUGCAACAGAAGCAGUUGCAGCAGCAGCAGUUGCAGCAGAAGCAGUUGCAGCAGCAGCAGUUGCAACAGAAGCUGUUGCAGCAGCAGCAGUUGCAGCAGCAACAGUUGCAGCAGAAGCCGUUGCAGCAGCAACAGUUGCAGCAGCAACAGUUGCAGCAGAAGCAGUUGCAGCAGCAACAGUUGCAGCAGCAACAGUUGCAACAGAAGCAGUUGCAGCAGCAACAGUUGCAGCAACAGCAGUUGCAGCAGCAACAGUUGCAGCAGCCACAGUUGCAGCAGCAGGCGUCGCAGCAGCAGCAGUUGCAGCGGCAACAGUUGCAGCAGCAACAGUUGCAGCAGCAACAGUUGCAGCGGCAACAGUUGCAGCAGCAACAGUUGCAACAGCAACAGUUGCAGCAGCAACAGUUGCAACAGCAACAGUUGCAGCGGCAACAGUUGCAGCAGCAGCCGUCGCAGCAGGAGCAGUUGCAGCAGCAACAGUUGCAGCAGCAACAGUUGCAGCAGCAACAGUUGCAGCAACGGCAGCUACACCAGCAGGGACUGGUGCGAGGACCGUUCUGGCGGCCGAGGUUCAAGGGGCCGCAACAGCAGCAUUUGUUACUGCAGCAGUCGGCGCAGCAAUCAAUGGCGCACAGGUCUCUAGUGGAUGAGGAGGAGUUUCUGCUGCAAAGGCUGCAGAAGGUAAGGUUGCAGCUGCAAGGUUUGCGCCAGCAGCAGCAACAGAUGCUGCAGAAGCUCGGUGUGCAACAGCUUCAGCAUCAGUUGCUGCAAAUGGAGACGCAACAGCAGCUCCUUGAUAUGUCUGCUUCCAGAGGCAGCAGCCAGUCUGAUGUGGCCGCUAUGGGACAGUUCAGAGGCUCUGGUCGUACAGAGCCUUUGGCACAUGGAGGGGUACCAGGUGCGCUGCCGCCGCCGCAGCAGCAACAGUCUACUGCCACUGCUGCUGCUGCCUGGGGACAGGGAGGUUUUUCUGAGUCUGGAAGUCGGCUGUCAAGCGGGUCUUCUCUAACGGGGAGUGAAGCAGCAGGCUUGCAGCAACCGGUGGCUCCUACUCCUGGUACUCAUUUUGCUCCCGCGGAAAGUAUGUCGCUGGGCACGAGCCAAACGGUGUCUACUGUGGACAGCGUACCUCGAGGAGACGGACACGGAUGGCAGGGAAUGCAAGACCAGUCACGAGAAAAUAUUUGGAGAUUUGAUAGAGGCGCAGCCCCUUUCCCCCAAGGCGGUUUACCAGGAUGGUUCACAGCCGACGCACAAACACUCCAAACACAGCGUAGUAGAAGCGGCUCCACACGGGCAGGAGCUGUACGUACACUGCAACUGCCGAGCACAACACCGGGCGGUGCAGGUGAAUCAGGCCCGUAUUUGCCAGGAACAUCGUCAGACAUUUCCAGGGAGGGCAGGGACUCCUCGCGUAGUUGA